CAAUCAGUAAUAAUAAAUAAUAGUAUGUCAUAGAAGUAUAAUUCUAAAAAUUCGUUCGAUUUUUUGUUUCGUUUGUAAAAAUGGCUAGAAGCAAUUGCCAUAUUUAAAUUGGCUUACACAUUUGUAAUCAUUUCACGCGUAAACUUCGGCGAGACCAGGUUGACUGUUUUUACAGUGCAUUCAUUAAUCAAGUGAACCUAUAGAAUAUGAAGUUGUUAACACCGUUAUUGGUGGUACUCACCUUGAGUGUGCAAAGCUCCUGUUCAUACAGCGAUGAUCUUAUAUACGGCUAUGAGUGCCAGAAGAACAGAUGUGUCAAAGUUGAGCUGGAUGCGCAGAACUUUCAGAAAGCCAUAAGUUUGCCAGUGUGUCGUUUGUUCUGUGGCGACAAUGUACCCGGCACAAUUUGGCCACGUCCAAGUGGACUUGUCAAUUUUGAUAGUUACAUGUUAACAAUUGAUCCCGACAACAUUCAAUUCAGUGUGCCCACUUUAAACAAACAAGCACACCUUUGGGCUGCGAUCAAAGAACGUUUCAUGCAACUACUCUACGCAAGCGUACCGAAUAAGAAUGUACUUAAGAAAGGUGGACGUCAGUUAAUAGUGAACGUGGAAUUGCCAUCAACAGUGGCUGAUGUGGUGCCCAAAUUAACUUUAGACACAGACGAAAGCUAUACGCUACAAAUAAGCUCAAGUAAUAAUAGCGCUGCCACGGCUACAAUAUCUGCAAGCAAUUACUUUGGCGCACAUCACGGCCUAGAGACACUAUCUCAAGUAAUUAUAUACGAUGAUAUUAGACGUGAAUUGCAGAUAUUGGCUCGUGCUGAUAUUGACGAUAAGCCAGCUUUCAAGUGGCGUGGCUUGCUUUUAGAUACAUCGCGUAAUUACUUCAGCGUGAAGUCAAUCAAACGAACGUUGGAUGCCAUGGCUACGGUGAAAUUGAACACAUUCCACUGGCACAUUACUGAUUCGCACAGCUUCCCAUUUGAAGUUAAAUCACAGCCUGAUCUGUAUAAGUUGGGCGCAUAUUCACCGCGUAAGGUUUACAGCCAUGAAUAUAUUGCGGAUAUUGUGGAAUAUGGCCGUGUGCGCGGCAUACGCGUGAUGCCUGAAUUCGAUGCACCUGCGCAUGUUGGUGAGGGUUGGCAACAUAAGGAUAUGAUUGCAUGUUUCAAUGCGCAGCCAUGGAAAAAUUACUGUUUGGAGCCACCGUGUGGUCAAUUUGAUCCCACCGUUGAAGAUUUGUAUCCCAUAUUGGAGGAUAUUUAUCGCGAAAUGUUCGAACUCUUCGAUCCGGACGUUUUUCAUAUGGGUGGCGAUGAAGUGUCUGUUAGUUGUUGGAAUAGUAGUAAACGCAUACAGGACUGGAUGCUACAAAAGGGUUGGGGCUUAAACGAGUCUGAUUUUAUACGACUUUGGGGACAUUUUCAAACAGAGGCGCUAAAACGCGUCGAUACAGUUGCACACUCUCAGCAACCAACCAUUACACUGUGGACUAGUCCUCUCACUGAUGUGCCAUACAUCGAUGAGUACUUGGAUAAAGAACGCUACAACAUACAAAUAUGGACAACCGGUAGUGACAGCAAAAUUAAAGAUAUCUUAGCACGUGGUUAUCGCGUUAUAAUAUCAAACUAUGAUGUGCUAUAUUUCGAUUGUGGCGGGCCGGGAUGGGUGACUGACGGCAAUAACUGGUGUUCACCUUACAUUGGCUGGCAGAAAGUGUAUGACAACAAUUUGGACAACAUUGCUGGCGAGUACAAGUCUCAAGUCUUGGGCGCAGAAGCAGCUGUUUGGUCGGAACAAAUUGAUGAAUAUACUUUGGAUUCACGUUUCUGGCCGCGUGCCAGCGCUUUGGCGGAGCGUUUGUGGUCGAAUCCAAAGCAAACGUGGCGUUCAGCAGAGGCGCGUAUGUUGUAUCAUCGCGAACGGUUGACAGAAAUCGGCAUUGGUGCGGAAUCAAUGCAACCAGAGUGGUGUUUGCAGAACGACAACCAAUGUCCCGUAAAUGCGUACAAUGAAAAAUUUUAAAGCUGAUAGCAAUAGUUUUCGCGCUUGUGAGCGUGACCGUGAUCAUAGUGUUAUUAGGUUUUUUCGAUAUAGCGUAUUCAACAACAAAUCGGAGUGAUUUCGGUGAAAUGUCAACAUUUCGCAUGCAUAAAAGAGUAUCUAAAAGGUUCAAAGAACAAAAAAUCUGCGAAAAUUCGUCCGUUUCAUAAGCAAUUAUUUAUUUUGUAUGCAUUCUCAAGUAAACUUUUUAAAAUGUAUAGUUUAUGCCUUUUAUCAUCGAAUGCCAUUAAAUAUUCUAUAACAAAAAAAACAUAUUAUGUGUAUUUGUAACUGUAAUAUAUCUUG